AUGCCGGGUGAACGCUUCCCGUCCGCGGCUGUCCUUGUGACGGCUUUGAAGCCGGGUGGACCGCAACCUUACUGGGGCGCGACUACGUCUGGUGCUGUCGCGGCCCGGCGUCUGCUUCGCCGACGGCGUGGUGAUCGCGGGUGCAGUGCAGUCUGUCGCACAUAUUCGUUGGCUGCCUUGGACAGUGCUAGCCGGCACGAGCAGCUGCAACCCUCACCAGUAUUGCCGUUAGCUGCGCUGUACCGAGGUGAUGUGAUUGUUCGCGCUGUGCAGCUGGAUUCGUGGCGCACCACUGGUGUCCCGUUCCAUGUGUUCCUUCCAUGGGGAUACCUAUGCCCCCGGAUUAACAGCGCGCCGAAGCUCCGGGGUGUGUGCGGUUUUCGGCGCGCCCAAGAACUCAUCGGCGUCGGCCAGCAACAGGCCGCGCUGGCCCUCCUGCACGAGCAUGUCGUCUCCAAGCGCACCCGCAACAACCCUAUCGCCUCCAUCGAGCCGAUGAUGAUUCAGUUUGUCGAGCUGGCUGUGGAACUUAGGAAGGGAAAGACCGCGAAGGAUGGUCUGUACCAGUACAAGAACACCGCCCAGAACACGAACAUUGGCACCAUCGAGCUGGUUUUCAAGAAGUUCAUCGAGCUCGCCGAGUCCAAGGUCACAACCGCCCAGGCCAAGGCCGAUGAGGUCCAGUCGACCAUCGAGACUGCCGCUACUCAACAGAACGUUGAGGAUCUCGAGGCCUCGGAGACCCCCGAGUCCAUCCUGCUCUCGACCGUUUCCGGUGAGCAGUCCAAGGACCGCACAGACAGGGCUAUCGUGACGCCCUGGCUGAAGUUCCUGUGGGAGACCUACCGGACGGUCCUGGAUAUUUUCAAGAACAAUGCCCGUCUUGAGAUUAUGUACCAGCAGACGGCCCACCAGGCCUUCCAGUUCUGCUCCAAGUAUGCCAGGAAGACCGAAUUCAGGAGGCUUUGUGAGCUUCUGAGAAACCACCUUCAGAGCGCUGCCAAGUUCUCGUCGCAGAUGCACGCCAUCAACCUCAGUGACCCGGACACCCUCCAGCGCCACCUCGACACUCGCUUUCAGCAGCUGAACGUCGCUGUCGAACUGGAGCUUUGGCAGGAGGCUUUCCGCAGCGUUGAGGACAUUCACACCCUUCUUAACCUGAGCAAGCGCCCCGCUAAGAACGUCAUGAUGGCCAACUACUUCGAGAAGCUCACCAGGAUUUUCCUCGUCAGCGAGAACUACCUCUUCCACGCUGCCGCCUGGAGCCGUUACUACAACCUCAUGCGUGUUUCCGCUGCGGCUGUUGCUUCCGGCCAGAGCUCGAAGAAGGACAACCCGGCCGUUACGGAGGCUGACAUGACCAAGGCUGCCUCGUUUGUUCUGCUAUCUGCGCUCUCUAUCCCCGUCAUCAGCACUUCUCGCUCUCGUGGUGCUCUGGUGGACGUUGAUGCGGCCAAGAACAGCAAGAAUUCUCGUCUGACUAACCUCCUUGGCAUGUCCGCUGCGCCCACCCGUGCUUCUCUCUUCAAGGACGCUUUGAACAAGGGUCUGCUGAAGAAGGCCAGGCCUGAGAUCAAGGAUCUUUACAACAUCCUCGAGGUUGACUUCCACCCGCUUUCGAUUUGCCAGAAGAUUUCCCCCAUCCUCACCCAGAUUGGUGCCGAUGCCGAUAUGCAGAAGUAUGUCCUGCCUCUUCAGCAGGUCAUCCUCACCCGUCUGUUCCAGCAGCUCUCCCAGGUCUACGAGUCUGUUGAUCUCAAGUUCGUCUUGAACCUCGCUCAAUUCCCUGAGCCUUUCCAGGUCAGCGCCGACACCAUCGAGAAGUUCAUCAUGAACGGUUGCAAGAAGGGUGAUCUCUCUAUUCGCAUCGACCAUGCCUCCGGCGUCCUUACGUUUGACUCGGACGUGUUCUCCUCCGCGAAGGCCCUUCAUCCCGGCUCCGCUGCUGGCUCGGCCGAAACCGAAGCUGGCUCGGUUCAGCGUCUCCAGAGCACUCCCGCAGAGAUCGUCCGCUCGCAGCUCACCCGUUUGGCCAAGUCGUUGUACAUCACCUGCCAGUACGUGGAUCCCAGUUUCAACGAGGAGCGCCAGAAGGCCAAGGAGGCUGCUCAGGCUAGGGCUGCGGCUGGUGCGGAGCAGGAACACCAGGAUGCUCUUGCAAGGAGAGAGGUUAUCGAGCGCAAGAAGCAGACCGCAGCCAGCGUGCUUGCUCAGAAGGAGAAGGACGAAGCGACCAAGCGCAGGAUCGCCCAACAGCAGGCCGCUGCUGCUGAGGCCCAGAGACUGGCCGAGGAGAAGAAGGCUCGCGACAUGGCCCGUCUCAAGGCCGAACAGGAGCGCAUCAAGCGCGAGGAGAUUGAGAAGCAGUUGAACGAGUUGAAGAGCGGCAUCAAGGGCGUCGAUCUGGAUCUCGAGAACCUCAACAUUGAUGAGCUCGACUCCGGCCGUAUUCGUGCUAUGAAGCUCGCCGCUCUCGAGAAGGAGAAGAAUGAGAUUGGCGAGAAGCUGCGCAUUACCGGAAAGCGUAUCGACCAUCUGGAGCGUGCUUACCGUCGCGAAGAGGUCAAGCAUCUUGCCGCAGACUACGAUGAGCAGCGCAAGAAGGAUCUUGCCGCCUACGAGAAGGCGAAGAGGGACACUCUUAGGGAGUCCAAGGAGAAGCACGACGAGGAGGUUUCCCUGAAGCACCGCCUGAGCCGUCUGGUGCCUGUUUACGAAAAGUACCGCAACCAAAUUCAGGAACAGAGGAAGGCCGAGUUCGACAAGCGCAGGAAGGCCGCCGAGAAGGAACUCAACCAGAAGAUGCAGGCUCGCGUCAAGGAGGCUCGCGAGCGCAAGAUCAGAGAAAGUCGCGAGAGGGAGGAAGAGGAGAGGAGGCGUCGCGAGGAGGAAGAGAGGAUGGCAGCCGAGGAGGACGAGAGGCAGAGGGAAGAGGAGGAGAGGAGGCAGAAGCUGCUGGAACAGAAGAUCGCACGGGAAGAGGAGCGCAAGAAGCUCGACGAAGCUGCUGCCAAGCAGCGUGCCCGCGAGGCCGAGGCCGAGGCCAAGCUGCAAGCCAAGAAAGAAGGCCGUUGGGCUCCUCCUGCCCCUGCUGCUGCCCCUGCUGCUGCCCCUGCUGCUGCCCCUGCUGCUGCCGAAGAGCGUCCAAGCGCAGGCGGUCCUCCCCGUCUCGCCCUCGCCGGCAACAAGCCGUCAUGGCGCGAACGCGAAGCCGCAAGGGCCGCUGGGGGUGCCGCUCCUGCCGAGGAAGCACCUGCUCCCGAGGCCGAGCCCCCCAAGCGCGGUGGAUACCUUCCUCCCGCUCUCCGUGGCGCCGAAGGUGGUGGGUCUGGCUGGCGUGAGCGCGAGGGCAGCGGUUCUCGCGGCCGCGAGAUCCCCCCCAGAGGAGAUUCUGGAUCUCCCGCUGCUUCCUCCGGCCGCUGGCAGCCGCCGGCGGCUCGCGGCUCGCCCUCAUCGGGCAGCCCGGCACCGCCGUCUGGAAGCGGCUACCGGCCGCCGCACCUUCGUGGCGAGCCCAGGGAGCGCGACUCUUCCGAUGCCCCUCCUCGUCCCGCCGGUGGUGCGUCUGACGGCAAAUACAGGCCCGGCAUGUUCGCAUCUCGUAGGGGUUAA